AUGGCGGAGAGCCCAGUGACUUACCUACUCAACAAGCUCGCACAAUUCACUGAGAAUGAGGUGAUAUUCCUGACAGGAGCCCAAGAAGCAGCCCUCUCAGUGAGAGGAGAAUUGGAGCGUGUCCGGGCCUUCCUCAGGGUUGCAGAUGCCCUAGAGGAAGGUGAUGAUGAAGUCAAAGUGUGGGUGAAGCAGUUGAGAAACAUAGCCUACGACAUGGAGGACGCUCUCGACGAGUUCUUGCCACUCCUGAGACAUGAUCAUGGAGUCGGAUUCAUUGGCCUCAUCAGCAGGAUGUCCUGCUGCAUCAAGAACCUGAAGGCUCGAUACCGUGUCACAUCCGAAAUAAAGCGCAUAAACUCCACACUAAAGGGAAUAUGCAAUGGGCACCGGAGGCUGUGCCACAAAUUCAGCAGGGCCCAACAAGAUCCAAGCUCAACUCUAGCGGACAAUACAUGGCAGGACCACCAAGGCAAUGCCCUUCUGCUAGAUAAAACUGACCUAGUGGGCAUUGAGCGGCCGAAGAACGAGCUGGUCAGGUGGUUAAUUGAGGGGGCUCUCAGGCGGGAGGUCAUCUCCGUUGUGGGAAUGGGAGGGUUGGGCAAAACAACUCUGGUGAAGCAAGUCUACGAUGACCCCCCGGUGAAGAAGCAUUUCGUGGUGUAUGCUUGGAUCACUCUCUCUCUGUCCUCAAAGAUCGAAGAGCUCCUCAAGGACAUGCUUGAUCAGAUCAUGAGGGUGAUCAGGAAGCCAGUCCCUCCAGGGGCCUACCCUAUGAAUAGCCAUUGGCUGAAGACGAUCAUCAAGGACCUGCUUCAGAGGAGGAGGUACCUGAUCGUCCUUGAUGACGCCUGGCACAUAGACGAAUGGGAUGCGAUCAAGCAUGCCUUGCCCAACAACGGUCAUGGAAGCCGGGUGAUCAUCACAACUCGGAAUGCCGAUCUGGCAUCAACCACCUGCAAGGAGUUCAGCGGGCUGGUAAAAACUAUGAAGCCACUUGAUCCAACCCACUCGUGGGAACUUUUCUGUCAGAAGGCGUUUCAGGGAAAUUCAUGCCCUUCCCACCUGGAGGAGAUCUGUGAGUACGUUUUGAGAAAGUGUCAAGGACUACCACUCGCAAUUGUGGCCAUCAGUGGUGUCCUGGCCGCGAAAGACAAUAGGAGGAUCUACGAAUGGGAAUUGGUUCGUCGGAGUCUUCGUACUGAGAUUGACUGCAACGACAAACUCAAAAACUUGAAGAGAGUUCUUUCACUGAGUUUUAAUGAUCUGCCAUAUUACUUGAAAUCCUGUUUCUUGCACUUAAGUUUAUUUCCUGAGGGUCACCGCAUUAAAUGUGGGAGACUGAUUCGAUUAUGGGUCGCAGAAGGAUUUGUUGAAAAGAAGGAAGGAAAGACCCUCGAAGAAGUUGCCAAGGACUACUUUGUGGAGCUGUUGAGCAGAAGCCUGAUAGAGGUGGCUGCUAAACGAAGUGAUGGAAGGGUAAUGUAUUGCCGUAUCCAUGAUUUUCUGCGGGACAUUAUCACUUCAAAGUCGACUGAUCAGGGGUUUGCAGUAAUAGCCAAAGAAGAAAAUUGUGAAUGGCCAGACAAAGUCCGUCGCCUGUCAAUACAGUACACCCCGCAAGCUCUGCAACGGAAAUGGUCCUUGUGUCAUCUUCGCUCUUUAUAUAUAUCUGGAACAGAGAGAUCUUUUAUGAAUACAGUUCUAGCCAGUGACAUGAAACUGCUCAAUGUUUUGGAUAUGCAAGCGGCUCCCUUAAUAAGGUUCCCUGCUCAAAUUACUGAUUGGUAUUAUCUGACAUAUCUAAGUUUCAGGUACACUGAGGUGAGUACAGUUCCAAGUUCUAUCGGGAAGCUUCAAAACUUAGAGACUCUAGACCUUAAACACACAAAUGUCACUGAAUUGCCCGUUGAGAUCUUGAAACUUCGACGACUUCGUCAUCUCCUUGUUUAUCGCUACAAGAAUAUAUCCUAUUCAUCCUUCAAAUUUGGCUUUAAGGCCCUUAGGGGAAUAGGGACUUUGCUAUCCCUUCAAAAGCUGUGCUACAUAGAGGCAGAUGACGAGAGCAGUGGCAAUGUGAUGAGAGAGCUUGGAAUGUUGACACAACUGGAUAGGUUGGCCAUUCUGAAAUUUAGAAAAGAAGAUGGCAGGGAUUUGUGCCUGUCAAUCUCCAAACUAACCAGGCUUCGAGCAAUAUCCAUAGAUUCUGUUGAUGAUGAUGAGGUUAUUGAUCUGCAACACCUCUCGAGUCCACCUCCAUUCCUUGAGAGAAUCUACUUGACAGGGCGCUUGGGGGCUUUACCUCACUGGCUACCCUCUCUCAGUAGCCUGAUGAAAUUGCACCUGAGGGGCAGCCGCCUAAAAAAUGACCCUCUUAUGUCUCUGCAAAAUCUGCCGAAUCUUGUGCAUCUCGAGUUGCUUCAGGUUUACGAAGGAAGUUCCUUGUGCUUUGAAGCAGAAUCCUUUAAGAAGCUAAAGACUCUGAGUCUCGAUCAUUUUGAAGAACUCAGGGGCGUAGAAGUGGAGAAGGGAGCAAUGCCUUAUCUUGAGAAGUUAAUCAUUCAACGUUGCAAGUUACUAGAGAAGCUUCCAUCAGGUAUUGAAUACCUGAAAAAGCUGAAAGUGCUGAGGGUUUUCGAUAUGCCAGAUGAGCUCAUCAAGAAGCUUGUACAAGGUGGACAAAAUGAUGACUAUCAGAAAGUUGCGCAUGUUCCGCAAGUAUAUUAUGGCUACUGGAAAGACGGGGGCUGGGAUGUCCAGUUAAUCGAGAGAUCAGUGCAGAGAGAUCAUUGCAGAGAGAUCAGAUCCGUGCAUUUUCCAGACACUAGCAUGAGUAGUAAUCAGGAGUCACCAUGUUGGAAGUGA